AUGAGUGAUGAAGCGGAGUGGGAACUGUACUAUCAUGAUACCAAACUAGCUGGUGUAGGACGAAAUGAAUUUGCUAAGCUGAUUUUUGAGGAAGUGGGUGUGAAAUACAAAGAAGUGAACGAUAACAUGUAUGAACUUUUCAGAGGUGACAAAUGGACUGGCUAUCCCACGUUUGCCCCUCCUAUGAUUAAAAAAGGUGAUUUCAGUCUGUCCCAAGCGGGUGUGAUCAGUAGAUAUUUGGGGAAACAGUUCGGAUUGUAUCCGGAUAACGAGGUGGAUCAAUGGCAUGCUGAACAACUCAGUGCUACUGUCCACGAUUACUUAGCUGAAGCUUAUAACCCUGAUUCUAUUAAUUUUUUUACAGGUAGAUUGGCGUUUCAUGGUGUAUAUCCUACAGAUUCGUAUUUCUCUCAGCAAGAAGGAACCCAACCCUACAUCAAUAGAUUCGUAGAGAAAAGAUUCCAUCAAUUCCUAAAACAUUUUGAGAAAGCCUUAACUUACAACAAUAGAGGUUUUAUGGUCGGCAACAAGCUAACGUACAUAGAUCUAGAGGUCUAUCACAUACUAAGAGCCACCGAAAAUCAGUUCCCAGAAGCUUGGAGAGAUUUGUCAACGAUACCACACCUCAAAGCCUUCAAAAACAGAAUUGAGGUGCGACCAAAUAUCGCAACGUACCUAAAAUCAACCAGAUGUAACAAAUUUCAGGGAAAUAGCAUGAUGUAG